UUAAAAAGAAUUUAGCUACCUCAGAUUAUAAUAAAGAAGUUAUAGAAACAGAACCUGAAAGUAAUGAUGAGAAUAACAUGUUAGACUAUUCAACUCUCAAUAUUGAAAGUAAUAAAAAAGAAAUAUUUAAAAUAUUAAAAAUCAUAAUGAAAGAUUUAGUUGGAUAUUAA